GUGUCCCUUAUCUCGCUGCCCACGUGACCCGGAAAAUGCUGGCCUUAAUUCCUGUGUUGAAUUGCUCGCAGCUGCUGAGCUUGUGCCCUUCGCAGUGCAAGCCUCCCCGCAUCAUCAGGACCAGGACCCCCACGGCUCGGCUGGACGCUCCCCGCCUCUGCAGCACCAUGUCCGAAGAAGCUUUUGUGACGUUGGCGACAUGUGACAGCUACGCCAAAGGAGCCAUGGUCCUCGGACAGUCUCUGAGGGACCACCACACGACCAGGAAACUCGUCGCACUCCUUGGACCCCACGUCACAGAGUGCUGCACAGAGGCAAUUAAGUCUAUUUUCGAUGAGGUGUGUGUGGUGAACCUGAUCGAUUCUGAAGACAAAGCAAACCUGGCCCUGAUGAAGCGCCCCGACCUGGGAGUGACGUUUACAAAGCUGCACUGCUGGACCCUCACACAGUACAGCAAGUGUGUGUUUAUGGACGCAGACACGAUGGUGCUGUCAAACAUUGAUGAGCUCUUUGAGAGGGAGGAGCUGUCAGCAGCUCCGGACCCUGGCUGGCCCGACUGUUUCAACUCAGGAGUCUUUGUUUUCAAACCGUCCGUCGAAACGCAUGAGAAACUGCUCACCUUCUGCUCAGAAAAUGGCAGCUUUGAUGGUGGAGACCAAGGUGUCCUGAACAGUUACUUUGACACUUGGGCAACUGCAGACAUUUCCAAGCACCUCCCGUUCACCUAUAACCUCAGCAGUAUCGCCAUCUACUCGUAUCUACCAGCAUUUAAACAGUAUGGUCACAAUGCCAAAGUAGUGCACUUCCUGGGUCAGGUGAAGCCAUGGAACUACUCAUACGACACUCAGAAGGGAGAGGUCAAAGGUCAUUCAGUGUCACAGCAGCCGGGACAACUGCACCCGGACUACCUGCUCCUGUGGUGGCAGCUUUACGCCAAAUCUGUGGCCCCUCUUCUCCAGAAGGCCUAUGGAAAUGUUCCCUUUCAUAGUGGCUUUGUCGAGCAUAAGGACCAUGAACAGACGUCCCACCCGGCAGCCCCCGCCGCCCCCGAACCCCCAAAGCUCUCAUCCGAGGAGAGGAAGAAGCGCUGGGAGGCCGGCCAAAUCGACUACUUGGGGGACGAUUCAUUUGCCAACAUCGAACGCAAACUAGACACAUUUUUAAAGUAGCAGCCAGCACUUAACAUGGACAUGCUAUAGAAACGCUCCUCUGGGGAUUUAACACACAACCCUACAGCCAAACACAGGCUUCCGUCCAAUUAUUCAGUCCAUUUCCAUCGCAUUAAAUGACAAAUCUGCAAUGUAACGGUUGCAUUUUGACAUAUAUUUAGAAAGGAGCAAUAGCUUGAAACUUUCUUCCCAUGAAACCACAUUAUAAACCAUGUUACAUUUGCAUUACAACGAGAAUGCCAACAGUUAACCAGAAGCCAACGUGCAAUACUUCUAAUUCAAAACUUCUAUUCUUUACCAAUCCUUAGUCUUCCUAUCUAAAAUGCCUGUACUCUAGACGUGAAUGGAAAUACAAACUCAUCUUACAAUCCUCAGUUUCAUGUUAAACUGCUUCCUCUUUGACUCUGGACAAUCGCAUUUUCUUGCACCUAAAACAAAGCACUUAAGUGUCACUCCACAUUUCAGUAUCCUUGUGACUUUCAAUAAUACGUUAAAGUCUUGGUUUAUAAUUUUUUGUAUUUCGUGUUGGUUAAAAUGUCCCCAUAACUUGUGCAUGGUUACAUUACAAGCGUCACCUGUCUAGUUAAAGGCUGCCUUAUUCCAGUUUACAGACCUCACUGUAGCUGCUUUAUAGUGGCUCUAAACCCUGUAAUAUCCAUAGUAGUACUACUACUACUCCUCCUCCAGAAGUGAUGUAGGUGAUUAAGCCUCAAGCCUCUUACAAUAAGUCCCACUGUUUCAGUGAACACUCCUCGACCACACGACCGUCCUGACAAAAAUACAUGUGCUGCUUGAAAAAUAUGUAAAAUUAGUUGUAUUAAUUUAUGGUCUGAACUGCUGUAAAACUUCCCUGUGGAACUAAUAAAA